GGCGCCCACCUGUCCACCUGCCAGCAAGAAGCCGAAGUUGUCUGCAACAGCCCCAGGGAUUUAAGAAGCGAUUCCCUUGGAGGGACCCUGGUGCUCUCAGAGCCUGGUAGUUUCCCGUUAGAUGUUUCAUUACCGAACUAGGUAACGCCCUCAGUUCCCUUUGCCUUGCACUGGGCACCUCGUCGGGUUCCAGGAAAGGCCUCUGCUCUCCUUCAGAACACACACACAGAACCGGCGAUACGAGCAUCGCAUCGAUCAGAAUCGGCGUCUUUCAGCUGAGCAAAAUUGGCCCAAAAGCUUGAUGCCACCUUACAAAUUAAGCACCGUUUGAUAGAAGAGAAUAUUUGUAGCUGAGGGUGGAAAUGGGGGGUCCUGAGCGCCCUCUGAGCUGGGUGGGGUUUUUUGCGGUUGUUUCGUAACCCAACUGGGUAACUUCAUCAGUGCUAGAAGGAAGGGGGUUCGGUUGCUCCCUUUCUUUCUUUCUUUCUUUCUUUCUUUCUUU